CAUGACCAUCUCCUCAACUACCCUCUCCCCUCUCUUCUUCCCAGCCAUCCUCAUCAUGUCCCUCCUCCUCUCUCCUCCCGCCGGAGCCCAAAACUCCAACCACUUCUCCGAGUACAUCGGAGCGCAGUUCAAAGACGUCAAGUUCUCCGACGUCCCCAUAAACUCCGGCGUUGACUUCCACUUCAUCCUCUCCUUCGCUAUUGAUUACACCACCAACACAUCUCCUCCUUCUCCGACAAACGGAGAUUUCAGUGUGUUUUGGGACUCUGCCAAUCUCUCCCCUGCGGAUGUCUCCGCCAUAAAGGAAGCUCAUCCCAACGUCAAAGUAGCUGUCAGCCUCGGCGGAGCUACGGUCGCCGGCGACACUACUGUUUACUUCAGCCCGAGCUCGGCUGAUUCAUGGUUAUCCAACGCUGUUUCUUCACUGACGAGUAUCAUCCAGGAAUACCAUCUUGAUGGCAUCGACAUCGACUAUGAGAACUUUCAGGCUGACUCUGCCACAUUUUCUGAUUGCAUCGGCCGACUGAUCACAACCCUAAAGUCCAACAAUGUGAUAUCCUUCGCCUCCAUAGCGCCGUACGACGACAGCGAGCUGAAGGAACAUUACGAUACUCUAUGGGCUAACUACGGCAGCGCCAUUGACUACGUCAACUACCAAUUCUACGGCUACAGUUCAGACACGACAGUUUCAGAGUUCUUGAAUUACUACGAUGCUCAGAGAUCUAAGUACGCCGGCGGAGUGGUGCUGGCGAGCUUCAUUAGCGAUGGUAGCACUGGGCUUUCGCCGGUGAAUGGCUUCUUUGAUGCUUGCCGGAAGUUGAAGGAGGAGGGGAAGCUCGCCGGGAUCUUUGCGUGGUCGGCAGACACCUCCAAGAGCCAUGGAGGAUUUCAGUAUGAGACUGAAGCACAGAACUUGUUGGCAAGCGAAGUUGGUGUAGUAUAAAUGCUUUUAUGUUGAUAUUAAUCAACACAGUUUCAACAUUAUCUGAUACAAGAUGUGAAGUUUAUUAUGAAUUUGUACUACUUAUGUAUUAUGUGAACUUUGGGUAAUAAAUCAUGAUUUAUGAGGCUAAAA